GCAAACGGAUUGAUAGCCACUCCUGGCCCAUUUCCUGCGGUAUCCAGAACUCCUCCAUCUGUAUCAGUAGUACAAACAGCAGUAGCAACAACAUCAGCAACACUACACAAACCGCUGACCCCACUUGUAGUUACAUCAAGCGCUACAUUUAGGCCCACACAUAACCUGGACCAACUCCAUGCACCCAAGACAUCACCUGCCACUCCUAUAGUCGCUGCCAUUGAUCGCAAUUGGCACCUGGCAUCAUCCGGCUUUCCUAGCUCCAUCCUAUCUGAGCCUACUUUACGAAAUCCUGUCAUACCGAUCUCUUUAUCCCAAAUGCCAAACAUUUCAUCUUCUUCAAAACCUUGCCAAACUCUUUUAUCUUCCGACCCUUCUACCUCCGUCUCCUCUUCUAACAACUAUCUUCAACCUGGCUCUUCUAUACCCACCAUAAAUUCAACAUCAUCCUCACUUUCCACGGCCAGUGGUGCUCAAUUAAUAAUGUUAUUACCAAGCAUAGUCUCCUCAGCAGGAGUCAUCAAUUCUCCUGUUCUGUUAACUGCUCCAAGUGGUUCUUCGACAGCUUCCACGAACCCAUGUAAUCCCGUCAAUAAUAAUACGACACCAACCCCCCAUAUAUCUCUUCUCAAGGCACUAGCACCUUCAUGCUCCGCCAGUUUUUCCUCCGGCGAUCGUGACGGUGGUGGUAACUCCCAUAGCCCAUCCGGUUCCGGCCUCAGCAACGGCCAAUCAUCCUCAUCAACAGGAUUUUCUAGCCUAUUGAUACAGACUAGGCGGCGCGAACCGCUUCCUGGCGGCCUUGGAUCACACUUCACUGUUCUCCCGUCGGCCGGCCAACACCCUUCUGCUACCCCUACCACUUUCCCGCUACUUUUGAUCUCUGCUCCUUCGGGCGCCAGUGCGGCCGCCGUAGCUGCUAUGGUCAGUGGCACCUCAGCAUCCAAUCUUAUUCCAGUGCCUGUCCAAAUAUCACCAUAUUCUGUGCUCACAGCCUCACCUCAGGCUCCAGCUGUCUCAAUAGCCUCGGCCAAUGGUACACUACCAAUACUCAAGGUGGCAUCUACUGAAAUUUCUAGUACGGCCUCUAAUAUGGUGCCUACUGCUACUUCUGCUAUAACUUCAUCAUCCUCUUUUACCACUAAAAUGACUCUUACUGCUUCAAACGCUACUUUAAAUUCCAUUAACACUCCGAGUUCCUCUAUUACUCUCAUACCAAUGACUCCUACACUUUCUGGAAUUAGCUCUGAAAGAGCUGAUUUGAAUCGUGAAUUUGUUGCUUCUUCCAUUGCUUCUUCAGAGGUUACCAGGCCGCUUCUUUUAUGCUCUUCUAACCCCCAGUCACGGUUGCUAGAGGUGCCUCUGGCAAAGAUAAAUCGAAACGUUGAACCAGCAAAGAUUAUGCUCUCUCUGCUCCCUGCUGGCGAAAGCAAUGGCUUUAGUCUAACAAGUAAGUACAAACUCAUCAAUGCAUUCAAUUAUUGCUUGUUUCUAUUUGUAUUCCUUCUAAGUCCUGUUACUUCAUGGCCACUUAUUACUUUCAGUCUUCUUUGGCCAUAUUACUAG